GCAAGUCACAAGGAUGUUCCUUCCAACGUGUAGGAACCGUGUCACAGCUCGCAGCAUGUUCACUUUCCAUGGCCCACGCUCGUGCCCUGAGUCACGAGCCAAGCCCAGCCUCGGCGCGGGCCGAUGCCAGCGCGCGGGCACAGCUCAGUACCAGUGCACAGUCUGCGCGGUCUGGGGGCUCCAAGGCCCAGAGGGGCUCUAGGAGGGCUGAGCUGAUCUCCAAACUCAAGGCUGGCCCGAAUCUGGCCAAAGCAGAGGGGACUCAAAGAGGCGCCCUGAAGCGCUUGAAGGGCCUGAAGCUCAGGCGCAAGGCUGACACUAAUUUGGAGGAUGCCCUUCAGCUGGAAAUUGAUGAUGUGGCGGAAAGCUUGGGCCUCACAGCGGACCCCAAGGUCCUCGAAAUUGGUGACGAGAAGCUGCUGAAAUUGAAGAAGUCCGGAAAGUUGAAUCCGCAGGACGACAGCAUCAUCUCCGCCUUCAAGAAGCACAAGGCGACCAUCGGCAAAGCCUUGUUUGAGGCGGAGAACGCCAACAACCUGGGUGUGGAGAUGUAUUUGUUGGGUGACUACCACACCGCGGCGGGCUACUUUGACCAGGCGUUGCAGCUGACUUCGGAGAAGAAGAAGUCAGCCUCCGCGGAGCUCGCGGUGCUGAAGGCCUUCGUCGCUGAGAAGUAUGGGGGCAGCGAGGAGCUGCUCUACACAGACCUGGUGAAAGGAGAGUGGCGAUCGGCGCUGGGACACAACAAAUUCGUAGAGGCCCUGCUGCGCCUGGAAUAUUCGGGGGACCCAGACAGGGUUUUCUCAAUGCUGGACAGCGUGGCCAAUGACGGCAAGGUGUCCUUGCCAGAGCUGACUUCCACUUUGAAGGCCAAGAAAACGCGGCUGAACAACAUGGACCGGGAGCCUCCUCAGAAGGGCGUGGUGCUCUCCAACCUGGGCUGCUGCUUGCUGCAGCGCGGGGACCUAAUGUCAGCCCUUCAGCGGCUGCGGGACGCGCUGCGAAUCUUGCGGCGCAACGCCAACGAGAGCGACGAGCGGGUGAUGACGGCGAUGACCAACAUGUGCGUCGCCUACAUGCAGCUGGGGGACACAGACGCUGCCUUGCAACAGCUCAGCGUGCUCUUGGAGAAGCGUGAGGCCCAGGGCCACCUGCACGAUGAUGUGCUGAACGUCCUGUACUUGACCGGGUUCUGCUUCCUGGUCAAGGCCAACAGGUUUCAGAUUCGCCAGAUGGACAAGAAGCAAGAAAACCCAGUGGAAGCGAACUACAGGUUUGCAUUGUGCUCCUUCAAGGAGCGCUUGCUUCGACAGCAAGCAAUCCUGAGCACGAUGCCGGAAAUUGACAGCAUGGCGUGUGACGUGGGGGCAAGGCACCAGUUGGAGCUGCAAGUCGCUCGAAGUCAUGAAGUCAUCGCAGAAAUCCACGACAAGUGCGAAGAUUUGCAAAGAGCAAGGGAGCACUUGCUGGCGUCCUUGCAGUACAAGAAGCAGAUUCUGGACCCCGCAGAUCCAGAUCUUUUCUCCACGCUUAAUAUUUUUGCAAGCGUUUGCGCUAGGGCUGGGAGCAACGCCGAGGCCUUGGAGGCCAUGGAGCUGGCAAUGAAGGCCACUGAGGAGCUCUUUGGAUUUAAGUCCGCGGCCGUGGCGACGCAGCUCUUUCACUCCAGUCUGAUUUUCCUGCGCACAGCCCAAGAACAGAAGGAAGACGCCAGAGGCAUGUUCGAGGAGGCAACUGAGCGGCUGCAGCAGUGCGUCACAAUUCGCACUGAGCUCUUCGGACAAGAGUCCCAGGAAGUUGCCACGGCUGCGCAGCUUCUGGGCUCUGUGUGCUUUGUGUCAGGUGACCGUCAAGGAGCGCGCCGGAACUUUGCAAACGCAUUGCUGGCGCGAUUGGCAAGUGAUCCUGGGAGUCCAGAAGUUGCUUGCUCUGCACAUGCGCUUGGCUGCUUGUAUGCUCGCAUGCCGCACCGGCAUGAAGAGUCGGUGCUUUUGCUGGGCAAGGCGGCAGCCAUUCGAAGGGAUCACCUUGGUGAGGACAGCAUUCAUUUUGCGGAGACCUUGCACGAGCUUGCUUCUGUCAUGAUGUGCCAGCAGAACGCCCACACGGGACCGCAGGCUUUGGUCUACUUGUCCCAGGCAGCUGCGAUUCGGGAGGAGAAGCUGGGAAAGCGGACCCUAGCAUAUGCGGCCUCCCUGCAUCAGCUGGGCCAGGCCCAUUUACACAUGGGCAUGGCCUCGGAAGCGAAACUUUAUCUCCAAGCCGCCCUCAGCCUGCGGGAGCAGCUGGGCAAGCGGAGCGCCCAGGCUGCCGCCAGCAAGGCAGCGCUGGGGGUGGCCUGUGCCAACAACGGGGAGCUGGAGAAAGCUUUCAAACUCCUCAAGGCAGCAUACAAGGACCGGGAGAGGAUCUUCGGGCAGCAGCACGCCCUCACCGCCGACGCGCUCCACCAGAUCGGUUUAGUCAUGGUGAGGCAGCAAAGAGAACAGGCCAUAGCACCCUUGCUGCAGGCCUUGAAGAUCCACACCCAGUUGAAUGCAGAGGACGAUGUGGCCGCGCGGUUGGAUGACUCGGACGAGGACCCUGUGGAUUUGAAGGGGAAGAAGUCGGAGCGCACAAGGCGCAUCCAAAGCCGGGCACGGAAGGGCGGAGCUGCCCGAGGGCUGACAGAGGUUGCAGAAGAGGCGGUUGACGUUGCGGGAGAGUCAGAGGCGGACGCCGAAGACGCUCCGGAUGUAGGGGAUGUAGGGGAGGCGAUGCACACGGUGAAGGGGGACGCGAAAGAGGCGAAGCUGUCUUUUGCCCGGAGCCUCUUCACAAAGCUGAAGUCCAAGAUCAAAAUGCCGACGGAGAAAAAGGAAGAUGCUAGCAGAGAGGAAGAAGAUUCAGAGAUUUGCAUUGAAGAUGUCGGUGUGGAUAUUCGCGGGUGCUUUGCGCCAAGGCUGGCAACUUCAAUGCAGACGCUAGCAGAUAUCUAUGCAGAGCGUGGUGAUUUGAGUCAGGCAAAGUACUGGCUUGAUCGAUCGGCCUGUAUUCGAGAGGAGCUGUUCGGACCUGCCAGCCAAGAGUUCGGAGAAGCCAUGCACCACUUCGGUCUACUAAAUCGAAGGGCGGGUUUUCCGAGAAAGGCGCUGGCCUACUUCCGGAAGGCGCUGCACGCUCGCGAAAAAUCCGCCGGCUUUGCGCACAAGGACACUGCAGACACUUGUGAUCAAAUGGCGCAGGUAUUGCAGGAGCUUGGGAAGCCAGAGGAGGCUGGAAUUUUCAUGAGCAAGGCUCUAGCAAUCCAAGAAGCAACAUCUUCCACAUCUUCCAUGAAGAAGAAGGAUCUGGAGCAAGUAAAGGAAAGGAUGAGCACACUUGCAGCCAGCGGGAUGGAGUAUGAUCCAGUACGAAUGGGCGAGACCAUGCCUCACAUCUCCCGGCGCAGUGCCGAAUCCUACCUUCAUGGAUGGAAGGACAGGACGCAGCAAUUUUCCCUUCAAAUCAAUCACUGUCAAAUUCUAGAUUCGGGUUUAAUAUCUCAAUUGGAACAAAUUUGCAAGCAACCAUGCAACAUUUUCUUCAAAUUGAUUAUCAUUAUAUAUAUAUAA